UUUUAAAGAGUAUUAAAAUUCAGAAAUAUAAUCUGUAAAUUUGUAAUUAAUUUAAAAAACAUAUUAGAAAUAAUAGGAAAAUUAAAAAGUAGCCGAAAUUAGAAGAAAUCACUAAGAAAGUUGUAAUUAAUGUUAAUAAAUUAUCAAAAAACUACAAAAAAAUUAGAGAAAAUUAUCAGAAAAUGUUAAUGCAUUUGAUUAUCAUUAAUUCUAAAUCUUAUUUUUUUUUGAAGAUGUCUGGACAUGGAAUAGGCAAACCGUACAUGAAUAAGAAAAGAAUGGAAGAAAAAACGGAAGGAAGAAUGGAAGGUCGUGCUUGUAGACUUACAGCGACCGGUAGAAAAGAAAAUGAAGAAAAAAAUCCACGUAAGGUUAAGGGGAAGAAGAAGAAGGCGGAAAUAGUGCGUCCCGACGGUCGCCCCACUAUGGGACAGUUAUCUCUUAGUCGAAGUACUACCUCCACCCCUACUCCUGAGGAUGCGACGCCGUGGGAGGCUAAUUGGAGUGAUUCGGUUUCUAUGGACGACGACGACGACGAUGAUGAUGUGGCUGUUGAUGAGGUUGGGGAUGCCCCACCUGAAUCUGAUGUAGGCAUCGGUAAGAAGAGACGAGUUGGGACAUCUUCUACAGCUUCUUCGCACUUUCCACAGCGUGGGCUAGAUGGACGCUACGUUGCGAGACGUAGUAGUGAGGAAGACGGUGAUGGUAAGAAGAGGAAGAAGGGAGUAAGGGGGGACAUGUCAUGGCGUCUGACAUCGGAGUCUCAGAUGUGUUCAGGUGGACCUGUGAUUCCCGAUGUGAUCCCUAGCUUUGGAGGUCACAUUGCCUUUGCACUGUGGACUUCCCCAGCACAGGAUCGUGGGUUGUUGGAUUGUUGUCAUAGAUCUGGUACUGUGGAGUCUUUGAGGAGGUAUGAGUGGAGUUCAGAGGGUUCUCAGAAGGUGGUUGAGGGCACAGGAUUGUCCCACUUGGCAGGCUGUAUGAUGCAGCAUUUAGAUACAGCUUUGAUAACGGCAUUUGUGGAGAGAUGGCAGCCGGACACGAACACCUUCCAUAUGCCAUUUGGAGAGAUGUCGAUUCUUCUCCACGACGUGCAUCACAUUCUUCGUAUUCCAGUUGAGGGGGAGCUGAUGAGAGAUGAUCCGGAUCCAGAUGUUCUUAAGUUAGACAUGCAUGAUCUAGUUCGGGUCCCGGUGGAUGGUCCUGUUGGUGGUAAGUGGAAGUCGAAGUGGUUCCUUAAUGGUGGUAUUCACGCAGAUGGAUUGUUGGUGCGUGGACGAGAAAUGAAGAUUAUGGACUUGGAGGUGCAGACUUACUUGUUUGUGUUGUUGGGAUCCACACUUUUUGUGGAUAAGAGUCGCGAUCGCCUCCGUCCUGCGAUCAAUGUAUUUCUGAAGGACCAGCGACGAGUGGCCGGUUACGCCUGGGGAGCUGCUGCACUCGCCUAUCUCUACAGACAGCUAGGGAUGGCCACACGAGUGGGGAGUAAGAGUAUUUGUGGUUGUUUGACUCUGCUUCAGGCGUGGAUAUAUGAGUACUUUCCACUCUUCCGUCCGAGCCAGAUUCUCCAGGCUCCAGAUGCUCCGCGUGCUUCCUCGUGGGUGUGUCACUAACAAAUCCUCCUGCUUUGUCACUAACAAAUACAUCUGGAGUGAUAGGGCCAAGCAAAUGUUGCAGAUGCGUGAGAAGCCACUGGUACGACUCUUUUGUCUCGUCAUACACUAGCGCAGAUGCAAUGACAAAGUUCAAUCCCACCGGUGUCAUGCCAACAAUCUCAACCCAUGGAAACUCAUACUUGUUGGUCUUGUAUGUUGCAUCUAUCACAAUGACAUGGUGCCAAGAUCGCAACAUCAAUAUUGACUCAGGGUGGGCUAGGAACAAGUGUGUAAGCACGUUACGGUCAUCCACAUACUGCACAUAGUAACCCUUCUCCAGAGCAUCUUGAAAAGUGUACUGUAAGGCCGUCCUCUGACCAAGCUCUUCUUUUCUUAUCUUAUACAAUGCGUUAGAAAUCUGUCUUUUGUUCACCUUUCCAUGCUCCCCUUUUCUCUCGUUCACUGCCUUGUGGAUAUUCCUUGGGGCGACACCGGCUAAUCUCAGUUGUCUGAUGUAUUGCUUAUCAUCUUCGGUCAAAACAUUCCUCUUACUUGAUCCAUUCGGAAAUAGCUCCAGCGGAUGAUUGUGAAAACCCAAAUUAGCACAAGGAUUCUUUCUAUUAGCCACUGCUAGUAUCAACCAAUAUCCAUCAUCUGACCGCUCAAUCUUGAUCUGAAAUUCACACCCCAACUUUCCAGAAGAAGUAAGAGGCCUCCUUUCCUUAGCCGGAUCAGAAUCAGGAUCCUUCGAAUUUUUCUUCCUACCAUGAGUGCACUUCAAGUAUCGUCGCCUACUAUCUUCACUUGGAUUUUUUUUAUUUGAUGCCUUCACCAAAUAAAACCCAAAACCCUUGGCAAUCUCAGUAGCUGCUGCAUAUGCAAUCAAAUCUGUAUCGUAUUUUACUCCAUUGACGAAUUCUGAGGUGUAAUCUUUGCCAUCCCCUCCGUAAUCAUCAAUAUCCUACAAUGUUAGAUCUCAUGAUAUAAGUAGGACUCCACAAUAAUAGAAAAUCUAACGACUACAUUUAAUUUAAUAAUUAUCACAAAUAAUUUAGCAUUCUCUAUAUUAUCCUAAGCAAAAUCCAACAUUUAACACGACAAAAUUUAGCAUUCUCUAUUAUUUACAUACUAUACAUCUAAUGUAAGAAUCAUAUUAAUCACAUUCUAUAAUUUUUUUAUUGCGUAUUAUGCAUCUAAUCUUAAUUUUGUAUACAAAAACAAUCAAUUUCACAAAUAAUUAGGCUCAUAAAUUUUAAAAAUAAUAUAAACUAAAAUUCAAUAAACAAUCUUAUAGACCAAACUAUAAAUGAUAACAAUAAAAUAGAAAUAUUUGAUAUAAACUUAAAAAAACCCAAAAACCACCAAUAGAAGCAAAUUUUCGGUUCAACCAUGGCUAAACCUAACCAAAUUUUCGGUUUCACCAUGGCCAAACCGAAAUAAAGGUUCGGUGCCACCGUGGACCAACCGAAAAAUUUUUUCGUUUCACCCAUGGCACAAACGUAGCAGAUUUUCGGUUCAUCCAUGGCUCAACCGAAUGUGAUUUUUGGUUGGUCCAUGGUUCAACCGAAACCGAAUUUCGGUUGGACCAUGGACCAACCGAAAAUCACAUUCGGUUGGGUUUUUUUUUUUUUUUUUUUAAAACGAGAUUUUUACCUCGUCGGAGUCGCUACUCAUUGUUCGAACGUAUGCUCGACGAUUUCGGCUUCCAAAUGUCGAUGAUGAAUUCGAGAGUGUGGGAGAAUGAGUGUUUUUUGUUUUCUAAGUGAAUGUGGUGUUUGUUUGCUAAAGGAAAGGUAAAGAUGUCAAAAGGUUAAAAGUGUAACUUUGUUGUUUUUUAGGACGAUCAUUAGUAAUUGUUAGGACGACCUUUAUCAACUCCCUAAAUUAAUCUAUGGUUUUCUUGGCGAUAAAAUGUUUCAAGGCGCUCAAUGGAUUAGAGAAUAUUGGGGAAGAAAUGAUUUACUCGUUUGCUUGUUGGAUUUCAAAAUGAAAGUUUUGAGUUUUG